AUGGAAGAAUAUGCUAAGUUGUUUACUGAGAAGAUGACAUUCUGCCCUCACUUGUGUGCUACUGAAGCAGCUACUGUUACCAGUUUUGUGAAUGAGCUUCCAGCUGAGUAUCAUGGGUUCUGUAGGAGUAAGACUACCUUGAGUUUGGAUGUUGAUGAGGCCAAGCGUGUGGAGUAUGACUUGGGGUCCAGGGUUAGGAAAGACAAUAAUUCUGGUUUUAAAAGGAGCAAUGACAGGUCUUCAGGGUCGAAUAAAAGGUUUAAGGGUAAUUCUUCCAAUAGCAGUAAUGAUAAGAGGAUUUGGAAUUGGUGCGAUAGAUGCAGGUCUAAGCAUACUGGGCAGUGUACUAUUAGCACUUUUCGUUGUAAUAGGUGCACCGCUACAGGUCAUUUGGCUAAAGAUUGUACUGGGGAGGCUCGUUGUUAUAGGUGUAAAAAGACUGGACAUCAAAUUGCUGAUUGCCGGCAAGCAAAAGAGGGUGAGAAAAAGAAUGAGCGACCGAGGACUACAGCUCGUGCCUUCAACAUGACAGCUGAACAUGCUCGAUCAGAUGAUGAGGUAGUUAGCGGUACCUUUAUUAUUAAUUCUUCUCUUGCUAAUGUGUUAUUUGAUUCUGGUGCAAAUAGAUCUUUUGUGUCUACUUUAUUUGCUCCUAAGCUUGGUACAGUAACUCACCCAUUAGAUACACCAAUUGAGGUUGAAAUAGUUGAUGGUCGUACUUCUAUGGUUCGUAAUGGCUUCUUUGAUUGUUCUAUUGAGAUAGAGGGUCGUUCUUUUUCUAUUGACUUGUUGCCCACUACUGUUUCUAGCUUUGAUAUUGUCGUGGGUAUGGAUCGGAUGUCUAAAAAUGGUGUUGUUAUUCUCUGUUCUAAGAAGAUUGUGCAUAUCACUACUCCAGAUGGUGAUGUAGUUUCUGUCUAUGGUGAUAAACAAAAGGGUAGUGUGAAGAUUGUUUCUCUUGUGAAAGCUCUUAGGUGUAUCCGACAGACUAAGGAGCAUUGUAAUCAUUUUAUGGCUUAUGUAAUUGAUUGGCGGACGGCUAAUCCUUCGGAAUCUGAUGUUGAUGUUGUAGCUGAGUUUCCUGAUGUCUUUCCAGAUUAUCUUCCUGGUCUUCCUCCUGAUAUAGAAGUAGAGUUUCAUAUUGAUCUUAUUCCUGGUGCUAGCCCUGUUGCUAAAGCACCUUAUCGUCUAGCUCCUACUGAGAUGAAGGAGUUGAUGUCUCAGCUCCAAGAGUUGCUUGAUAAGGGGUUUAUUCGUUCGAGUUCCUCGCCUUGGGGUGCUCCUAUUCUGUUUGUAAAGAAGAAAGAUGGUUCUAUGAGGAUGUGUAUCGAUUAUCGUGAGCUUAACAAGCUAACAGUGAAGAAUAAAUAUCCUUUUCCUCGUAUUAAUGACUUAUUUGAUCAGUUGCAGGGUGCUUCUUAUUUUUCUAAGAUUGAUUUGCGGUCGGGUUAUCAUCAGUUGAAGGUGGAUGGCGUAAGUGUUGCUAAAACAGCUUUUCGUACUCGUUAUGGGCAUUAUGAGUUUUUGGUCAUGCCUUUUGGUUUGACUAAUGCUCCAGCUGCUUUCAGGGAUCUCAUGAAUCGUGUUUGUCAUCCUUAUCUUGAUCAUUUUGUCAUUGUUUUCAUUGAUGACAUUCUUAUUUACUCUAAAUCUGUUGAAGAGCAUCGUGAGCACUUGAGGACUAUUCUUAAGGUUCUCAGGGAGAAGAAGUUAUAUGCAAAAUUCUCUAAGUGCGAAUUCUGGCUUAAGGAAGUUCAUUUCCUUGGGCAUGUCAUUUCUAGUGAAGGUUUGAAAGUUGAUCCAUCAAAAACUGAAGCUGUUAUGAAAUGGGAGCAACCGAAGUCGCCGACGGAAAUAAAGUCUUUUCUGGGUUUAACUGGCUAUUCCAGGAGGUUCAUUCAAGAUUUUUCUCGUAUUGCUAAGCCAAUGACUGAGUUGACAAAGAAAGGGAUGAAGUUCUUGUGGACUUAUUCACAAGAAAGAUCUUUUCAGAUUUAG